AUGCCCUGUUGGUCUGAUGGAGUUCGAGAUGAAAUUGGAAACGUGGAGGACGAGAUAACGCCAGCAACUACAUUACGUGGAGGCUUAUGGUUUCCGUCACGCCGUGCAGGUUGUGCUACGUCGGGCCGGGGACAGCCAAUUAUUUACGCAUGA